AAGGAUUUCAGUCAUACAGUUCCGGGCAAAUCAACGGCAUCUCCUCAUUUUUCAAAAAAAAAAAAAUAAAUAAAAAUUAAAUUUUCUUUUAACAAUUCAAAAAAAAACAACAGAAAGAGUAAAAAUGUUUCGAUUCAUGCGUGUAGUAUCCAAAAAGAUUGUUUCAGCCCCCAGGAACAUAGCCGUUCGCUUGGCCCAGCAUGCCAAUAUGUCCACCAGUCUGCUGUGCCGUUCAUCAAGCCGGAAGCAACGAUCCGAUGGCAUCAAGGUGACCGACAUCGACAUUUACGAUCUGGCCAAGGGGGAUAAGGAAUUUACACGCAACUUUCUAACUUCCAUGAGUGUGCUGACCAAGGGAAAUGUCGAGAGUCCAGCUAGUUCCACAAAACCAGAAGAUACAGCCGAAACCAACUCUAUUGGGGACGAAGCUCCUGGCAGCAGUGGACCGGCUACCUCAUGUGGUUCAAGUUCAGUUCUGGACAGAGAUGGCAAUCCAAUUGUGCCAAUUGAGAUCGAUGGCUGGAAUCAAGACUACGAGGAUGGCGAUCUGACAGUCCAAAAGAACAAUUCCGUGGACAUUGGUAAUGAUGAGGAAUACAAGCAGGAAAUGUGCUUGAAAGUGCCAGAAAAGCGUGAAGGUCACUUUGAAUACAAAGGAAUCAAGAUCACAUUGCCGAAAUCGGCUUCCAAGGAUAUUGGCACAUAUCGCUUUCGACGAGAUGCCGAAGAUUUUGAAACCGUGGCCGAUGACAUUCGUGUCGUCAAAUAUGACAAAAAAUAGAAAAAAAAUUUUUUGACAAAAUUUGUUUUGGCAUAUUCAAUAGUUUCAAUUUCCUUUCGAUUGUAAUAUGCCAAUUUAACCAAAUUUGAUUUUUUUUUUUCAAACAAUUACAAGAAUCAUUUAGAGGACAAUAUUUUAAAUUUUUGGAUUUCAUAUAAAAAUAAAAGGGAUUGCAGUAA